AUGUUGUGUAAACACAUGUGGAUACAAGAGAGUUUGUGCAUGUGAGGGAAUAAACAUGGCUCAAAACUGUACCAAAACAACCUCUUCUAAGGACUUGCUGACCUGUGGCAACGGAAAAGGAAUCCACGAGAAACUGUUACUGAACUCUAAAGGUGCUUCCCUGAAGACAGAAAGAGUUUCCAGAAGUAAUGUCUUGGACAGAUUGCAGAAUUUCCUUCCUCAAAUGGCUCAGGCUAAUGAGUCUUUAAGACAGCAGAUGGAAGAAGCUCCCGCUGGUUUCUUUAACAUUGAGAGUGUGGAGGACGCAGAGAAAGUCAUUGAGAUGGACGUGGCUCUGGUUGAGCUGGAGGAAUCAGACAGCAGUGAAGAGGAUGAAGAAUCGUCGUCGUCAUCAUCAUCAUCUGAGGCAGACAGUUCAGAUGAAGAGCUGCAAACGGUCACAGCAAAGACACUCAAACUUCCUGGUGACCGAAAGAGAAAGGCCAACAUACAGGUGCUGGAUAAAGAGGGAGAAUGAACGUUCAGCCCAUUGGAACUCUUUUUGCGGCCAUUUCUGUGCUUGUGGUUGAAAUAUAGGAGCAUUCCAGGUCUGCUUUUUGUUUGGAAAGAGCACAGAUUGGUGAUUGUGAGCUGGUGGAGUCAUGCAAGAAACAUUUCAUGGGUCUGUGGAGAUGUUUUCAUCUAAAUAGGGACUUCUGUUAAAGCAACCACGUUCUGUUUCUCAACCACGUUCCUGGAGGACCACCAACACUGCAUGUUUUGGAUGUCUCCUACCCAUUACAGGUCUUUCAGUCUCUUAAUGAGCUGAUGAUCUGAAUCAGGUGUGUUUGGAUAAAAAGACAUGGGAAAUGUGCAGAGCUGGUGGUCCUCCAGCAACAUGGUUGAGAAACACUGAGUUAAAGGAUCGUUCAUCCAAAAAAAAUGUACAUUUGCUGUUAAUCUAUGAUCAGACUGUACAAGGUGUUUUUUUUUUCCUUUAGUAGUGCAUUAAAGAAGCUUUUUUUAAUUUUAUGGCAGUGAAAUAAUCAUUCUGUGAUUUAUUAGUGUUGCGACACAAGUCUAACAUUAUUUACAUUAUUGCUGCACUAUUAUUUGUGUGCCUAGCACCAUAUGCCAAGGCUGUGGAUUAAAGAUAAUCAUUUAUAUUAGUGCUGGGCAAAAAUGAAUCGCAUCCAAAAUAAAAGUUUGCUUUGACAUAA